AUGGAAUCUCUUGAAGAGUCGAAUUGUCAUUCACUCAGCGAUAGCUUUUCUCUGUAUGAACGUUACUUGAGAAGUUUCAAUGUUGUUGAUAACAUAGUAGAAGAUAAUCAACACGAUUCAAGCGAACGAGCAUCUAUAAUCAACGACGAUUACGAGAGUUCCACCAGUGGAGGUAACAUUGAUUUGUCGGCAGUUUAUACAAACAAUUUGUUAGAUAAACAAUGUGUAUCAGCUGAAUUACAAUAUAAAUUACUCGAUCCAAGUGUUUGCAAGAACAUAGAGGAUAAGGGAUCUGACGUAUCUUACAUAAAUAUUGAUGUUGCAAAAACUAAAUCUAACUCUCUCCAAGCUGUGUCGUUACACGAUAAUUCAUCAAUUACCAUAGAACGAAGUCUUCUGAAUGAUCAGUCUGAACAUACGGACAUACGUUUCUCAUCUGAAGAUUCCAAACCAGAACAUUUCAAGCAACCAAUUUUUAUAACCUCUACUAUGGAAAAUAGUAACAAUGCUGUCGAUAGUGUACCAAUGUUUCGUAACAUCAGGCCCUCUGAAAACAUGUUUAAAUUACCCAUUACUGAACUUUCAUUCAAUGGUACCAUAAAGCAUGUACAGAAGUUAAAACCAAUAGUGGAUCCAAUAACUGCAUUAAGUUCAAAUAGUGCUUUAGUUACAGUAAGUGAAAAUGUUCCUAUUCAUAAUUUGGGAUAUAACUUGUUAAAAACUGAUAAUAUAACUGACUAUAAAAGUGACAAUGAUCAGCAUGCUAGUAGUACAUCUGAUGAUCAAAACACAUUUGGGAAACAAAAUAAAACUGAAAGUAUUGGCAACUCUCAGUUUGAAGAAUUGAAUGGUAGAAAAGAUUGCCCAUUGUUAAAUGAGGAUGGUAAUAGUGCAAAAUGGAAUUCUGAACAAAGUUACUCCUCACUAGAGGCUUCUUUUGACAGUGGAGUUAGAUCCCCAGAUAUGUUUUCUGAUGAAGAUGUUGAAGUGACUCCCGAACCAUUUUGGAGUUUUUUAAAAGAUUAUGAAUUUUAUGACAAGAAACGUGUUAAAAAGACUGAGCUUAUUCUUCAAGGGGUACUACCUCCCCCAUCAGUGACUGUUCUAAAAACUGAUGUAACACAAAUGCUGAAGAAAUACUACUGUUUUUUACCAGCAUUUAGUAAUGAUGAAAAAGUUACCAUUCCUGAAAGUAAUACUGUGACACCCACCAAAAGAGUAUCUUUUGUUCAUAUACCCAUUGAACUAGGUACAUUAGUUCAAGAAACUGCAUCAGAAAACGUGAAUAAUUCAACUAUACUUGACAGAUCAAAAAGUUCUUUAACAAAAAAUAAAAAUGAUUCAGAUAUGGAUGUAAGUUCUGAUGAAAACAGAGGCAGUUUAAAAACUUGCACUCAGAUAGAAGCUGCACAAACUCCUUGGCCAGAAGUACUGAAAUGCAGACAUUAUGAUAUAUAUUAUAAUACAACUAAGUAUUCUGAACAGUUUGAAUGUCUCGCAUUACGUUUUGGCGAGAGAUUUGUAGGCGCCGAAACUGAUACCAGUGUCAGUAUUCAUUCUGGGGGACUGCAGUCACCAAGCAGCGCCAGUAAAAGAAAAGCAUUAAGACUAGCUCAAGCCAAGUCUCCAGGACGUCGCCUCUCGCACUUAGCACGUCGUCGGCAGACAUUUUGCAGUGCGGCUACAAUCAGCGAAAAGGCACAAACAACGGCAUCUAAAAUGGUCCUCAUUGAUAAAAAUUUCUUCCCACAUAGAAAGCUGAUAAACACGUCAGAGAGAAGAAGUCCCAGGAAACUGGUAAUGCGUCGAACGCCUGGCAAGAAAACGCCACUGCGUAAGACUCCAGGAAAAAAGACACCAGCUAAAACGCCUAAAACCAAAAGCGGUGGUUCCAGUCGAAAGAAGGCAAUGAGACGUCUACUGAUGGAUACAGAGAAUAUAACACGAUCGCAACCGACUCGUGAAUCUUUGAAGAGAGCACUUUUUGUCAGUCCGGAAGGUAGGAGAACGGUUCCGACUCAACCUAGUACUUCAGUACCAUUGCAAGCUAUGAAAUCAAAGAGGGCAUUGUUUGGAUCUCCAUCUACUGCUGAAACGAAAAGCUGCGAUGGUAUACAGAGCGACCAGUUCUUGAAGAGAAAACGCGAUGCGUUGGAUGAUGAGCCUAUGAACAACAGAAGCAAAAUUGCAAAGAGUUUAUCAUUGGGAUGGGAUACAGUCGGCACCUCUCAAUCGUUUUCGUUGAGUCGUCGAGCUUCGGAAGUAGUGGUGUCGAAAAGUAUGGCGGAAUUGAAUGAUCAUCAUAAGCAGAAACUAUUGUGGGCAGUGUCAUCUGCAUUGCGCGUGCACGGCAUGAACAUGUCAUCUGCCGGGUUUCGUGAGAAGGCGUCUCUGUUGGCGCGUCUCACUCGCAAACUGCUCACGUUGCCGCCUCACGCUGCCCGUCUGCACGCACCCAACCAUUCCACCUCUGAUACUAUGCUCAAGGUAGCGCGUCUUUACGUGUACCCAAUCAUUCAAGGACGCACCGUUGAAGAUUGUUUCGAAGAGGAGAAAACAAAACUAGCAAAUGAAGCGAAGAAUAAAAUAUCAGGUUACAUAUCCGCGAGUGCAUAUCAGCAACUGAAGGUGAGACAGACACCAACUAGCACAUUUACCUCACAGAUCAAAGAGAAUACGUGUAGCUCAGGAUCCAAUAAGCAAGAACAACCUAGAAGCAACUCGAAGAACAUCUUACAAGAUAAGUUAGUCAAUAUAGAUUCCAACUCUAAUAGUAGCAGUGGUUUAAGUUUGCUUGAUAAAAAUAAUUUAAGCCUGUUUAAGUCAAAUUCAAUGCCUUCUUUUGAGGAAGCGGCAAAAAUGAGAGCACGGAGACAGAUUAGUUUUGAUAAUGUGGAUUUUCCUAAAAGGUGACUCGUUUAAAUCUUUAGUAAGAUUGUAAGCCUAUAUUUAUACAAAAUGUAACAUAAAAAUACCCAUUAUAACUUUAGAACCUUGAAGCACACAGCAACAGAUCAGACCAAAUUUUUUCAACCAAUUUUGAACGUAAUUAUCUGCAUAUUUAGACUUAGAUUUGAUUGAGUAAUCUGGAUUGUGUAUUAAUUUUAUCUAACUUGCCGUCGACAAUAUCCAGUAAAAAUUUCUGGAUUGACUUUGACUUUUGGGUUUAAAAAAUAUUGACUAUGUUGACUAUCUUAUCAAUUUGUUGCGUUCUUCUUCUGGAACUGCCAGGGGUACAACAACAUCAACGUUUUUGGGUUUAAUGUAUCAACAUUUUUUUUUUCAUUUUUAUGUAAAGCCAACGCUGCAAGUUUGACGGGCAAAUUUUUACCUUCUGUAUUUAGCACGGUCGCCGAACAUAGAUAAUUUUGUACAAUAACUCGGCACUACAUAUCUCUUUCACCAGUCCGCAAUUGCUAUUGCGCUCGCACUGAUGCAUAUAAUAUUUACGAUAUUUAUCAGUCAGGCACAAAGGUGAACGUACAGAAUUCUCUUUGUUCGGCGACCGUGCAUUAGUAAGUAUAGACACCAAAUUCUAUAACUUCGGUGUUGUUUUUUUAAACAUAGUGUUGGGACUUAAAGUUUAUAUUUAUUCAUGAGUUCACAAAACCUAUUUCGAUCAAACCUUUAAUGUCACUGCAUUCUAAAUUUUUCCAUAUAAUGACAUGAGCUUUUACAAAGAUAUACAUAAUACAUUUUAAUAACUGUUACAAUUUUUAGUCUACUAAAUGUAAAUAAAUGUUAUUUUUAAAAGUUGCUCUUGGUAAGUUUAUACUAUGAAAGGUAGAAACAAUUCCUGUGAAUCAAUAUGAUGUUGGAACAUGAGCUUUUAACCAUUUUGACCUUUGCACAAGUUGCUGAAAUCUGCAAUGGAAUAUCAAGCUUAUAUUUGAGCUUAUAUAGUAUCCAAUUGGAGAGGAAUAAAACUCGGCUUUUUAGUUUAUUAGUAUAAUUAAUUAGGAUAUAAAUUAAUGUCGUCUGACUUAGGUCGUUAUUGUUCUUCCUUCGCAUAGAUUUGUUGUUUUGUCACAUAAUUUUAUUUUGUUAUUUUGCCGGACUUAGCAGUUAGUAUACCUAUUAUAUUGUGUUAAUUAUUGUCAAUAUAGAAAAAAAUAUAAAUAGUUGCCUUACACCGUUGACGAUCAGACAGAAUCCGACUGUAAUGAGGUUGUAUUUAAUAAAAAUAUUAGUUCCCGAAAUCAAACUAGAUGUCGCUACUGUACUUUCUUGAUUUUUCCAUAAAAUAUAAAAAGAAAACCGGAAGGAUUAUAAGCCUUACGGUUUUCUUUCAUGUAUAAAAGUAAAUUUUCAAAUCUCAAUAAAGAACUCAAUCUUUUUGUACUUUUUCAUAUGUGUAUUGAUAUCUAAGUUUCGAACUUUGCAAAUUACAGUUUUUUAAUAUAUUAAUUAAGGAACGGAAAUGACUAUCUUUGGUCCAUUCGUUUCCUGCCAAAAUCAACUUUUGGUAGAGUCGCCAUCUAGUGAAGUGCCUUUUAGUGCUUUAUUUGUUUUUCUUAAAAUGCUUCCUCAUUAGUAUUAUAAAGAGUCCUUCUUUUACCCACGAGAAGCCAGUGGCAUAGGUAAUAUACGUGUGGGUAAUCGUGGGAAAACAGCUAGUCAAUAAUAUUUGUAUAUUAGCUAAUAAAUAAAUAAUGGAUUGAGACCAGAGAUAAAUAGAAGAGUUCGAAUUCGAUUUCGAAUACGAAAUUAUUUCACUCUAAAAAUACUUUGAAAAGUAUUAAUUGAAAACACGGGCUGACUGUCAAAUUAUUUAAUGCCAUUUGUUGUUCUGUGUAUUAACACGACGAAAAGAGUUUUACUAUAAAGGGCGGUGUACACGUGCCAGACGAGAACCUAGGUCACAUGCUAGUUGGGAUUUACUGUACUAUUUUACGGCUCUAUUUAUAAAUUUCUUUAUUGACGUGAGUUGACAUUAACAUUGGAAUAUUAUGCAAAUCUUAGUAUGUAAUUCAUUCAGUUUUAGUUUGGUGGCCAUGCAAAUUGAUAUGAUGCAAGCAAAAUGAAUUUUUAACAAUUAACUGUACAUAUGACACUUUUACUAAAAAAUAGGUAAAGGAUAUACGACAAUCGGCGACUAGCUACAUUUAUGUGCGAUCUCCAGAUUUUUUAUAUAAGCUUAUAAAACAUCAUUUCCCUAGACAUUAUUUAGGAGCUUGUACAGCUUGGCGAAAAAAAGGCAGUGCGACAGAAAAAAUCUGAUGGAAGUGGUAGAUGUAGUUAGUCCCAUAUUUUAUAUCUAUGACUGAGUGGCGCCUUUAGCGUGAUAAUAUUGUUAUUACGUAUUAUUGUAAAUUCGCUUUUCUUCUUCAGUAAUAUAUACUUUGUAGUCAAUUAAGAGUAAAUGGUGUGCGUUUUAAUGAUGUAGUAAAUGUGUUACUAUUGCUGAGAUCGAUCUCGGAUGUUAUUAUAAGUAAUAAAUUAUUAAAAUUUUCUU